AUGGAGGUGGAAACCAUAGCCACUCCCAAGAAUGAUGCCAGGGUAGUGAUAAAAUUCUUAAAGAAAAACAUCUUUUCCCGUUUUGGAGUACCACGAGUCCUAAUCAGUGAUGGGGGAACACACUUCUGCAAUGCACAACUGAAGAAGAAAGCAUGCCACCUAUUGGUGGAAUUGGAGCACAAAGCUUACUGGGCCCUCAAACUGCUAAACUUUGAUGAAGCUGCAGUUGGAGAGAAGAGGAAGUUACAAUUGUUUGAGUUAGAAGAAAUGAGGAUGAACGCCUAUGAAUCAUUCAAGAUUUAUAAGCAGAAGAUAAAGGCAUAUCAUGAUAAGAAGCUACAGAGACAGAACUUCCAACUAGGCCAACAAGUCUUGCUCUUCAAUUUCGGACUCAGGCUAUUUCCUGGAAAGCUAAAGUCAAAGUGGUCAAGGUCGUUCAUGAUCAAAGAAGUAAGACCCUAUGAAGCUGUGGAAUUGGUGGACCCUACGAUAAGAACCCCGGAGAAAAGAUGGAUCGUCAAUGGACAAUGCUUAAAAAUUUAA